UCAGAACCAAAUCCCAACAAACUCACUGGUAAAAACAAAGCAAAAAAACUCCACUGCUACAAACUCCUCUAUUGUUUUUGUUAUUUUUUAGUUGUUGGCCUAUCCAUUCCUUCCAAAAAAAACAACUCUCCAAACAUUUUCCAAACAACCAUUGAAGAAUGAGAUUCCCUCAUUAAAAUAGAGAAACAAACAUCAAUAUAUAUAUAUAUAGCUCAUUUUCUUGAUUUUGCCAAUCAUCUUCACAUCAAAAAAUACCCAAAAAAAAAUGGAAGAUUACAACUCCUCUAUUCCAAUGCAGAGAACAACCAAAAUCAUCAGAAGAUCAAUCUUUAGUUUUCUGCAAAACUAUCAAUUCUUCACAACAACAGCAGCCUUUUUUGCCUUCCCUUUUGCAGCCUCAUUUCUUUUACUACAAUCAUUCAUCCCCUCUUCAUCUUUCUUCCCAAUAAUCUAUGAGCGUUUGCAUUUACUUUUUGAUGCUGCAGGUUUCCCUUCUUCUUCUGAAUUUUUCACCCUUAUAAAUUCCAAGAUUUCUCAAACCAUUGCCAUAUCUUUUCUUGCAUUCCCUUUCACCAUUUCCUCUUUUCUUUUCAGUAAAGCUUCAGUAAUUGAAGCUCUCAAUUACUCAAAACCAGCCCAAACUCCUUCAUUUUUUUCUUCCUUUUUUCCCCUUCUUCUUACCCAACUCUGCAACUCUUUAGUCAUCAUUUCAGCAAAUGCAACUUGUUUUACUGUCCUAUUCUUUGGUUUUAAUCUUGUUGAUUAUGGCUUUGGGCUUUCAUCUCCAAGAUUAAUUCUUUUGUGUUCAGCAACUGGAGCUGUAAUUUGUUCAAUCAUUCUUGCCAAUACUUUAAUUGUUUGCAACUUGGCUUUAGUAAUAUCAGGAACAGAAAAUAUUGGAGGGUAUAUGGCAAUUCUCAAAUCUUGUAUUUUAAUAAGAGGAAGAACAGCGACAGCAUUAUCACUAGCUGUGCCUGUGAGUUUGGCUUUGGCUGCAGUUGAAGCUUUGUUUCAAUACAGAAUUGUGAGGGCUUAUUAUCAAGAAAAAACAGACCUUUUUUCUUUAGCUUUAGAAGGAAUUUUCAUUGCCUAUAUGUAUUCAAUUCUGCUGGUUCUUGAUACAAUUGUCAGCAUUGUUUUCUACAGAAGUUGUAAAACGGAUGAAGGGAGAAUUUUGCCAUAUCAAGUUGAGAUUCAAGAUAGAGAUGAACAUACAGUUCUGAAGAUAAAGACAUUAGAGGAGUUCUUUUAAGGUUGUUCAGUGAUUCAGCAGAUUCUGUUUUCUGAUAAUAAAAAGGGUCUGCUCUCUGCAGGAGUAAAUAUGGUUUGAUCAGAGGAAGAGAUGAAGCAAUUCUUGGGAUUUAAAAUGUAUUUUUGUAAUCUGCAGAAUAUACAUUGAUGUAUGAUUUACAACCCCAUAUUCUCUUUUUAUUCUCUUUUUAUGUAAUGUAGCAGCUUUUCUGUAUACAGUUAGAAGAAAAUCCGGAAAAGACUCUUUGCAAACUGUUUA